GAAACUGUUUCGAAACUCAUCGCGAUGUGGCUGUCCUUAUUGGCAGCGGCGGUCGUUGGCUUCGUCGUGGGUGUCAUGGGGAUGGUUUGCCUUGGCCACGACCCUCUCUUCCGCACGGCAUUGGCCUUCACAAAGAAGUGUUCAAGCCUCCUCCGCCUUUCGUCGCAAUGUAUCCAACGACAGCACGACCAAGAAUGGCGUACGGUGGCGACGCUUUCGCGCUGCAUUGCAGCCAAGCCGUUGACUGUAGACGAGUGGACACAACUGCACGCUACUGUUUCCACUACCAACGGGCGAUCCUCAGCCACGGUAAGCCUUCCGGACAUCAGCAGCGACGACUCUAUCGAUGCUAUGGCUGGCCCCACGAAGUUGCUCUUACUGCAUCGCGAAGUGGCCCACUUGAUGGGUUGCUUAUGCCAACCAAAGGACAUGCAGCGACUCGAACGCGCCCUACAAGGUGCCACACAAUCCGAGAACUCAAAGUCGGCUAUGGUGGAACUCGCCGAUGCUUUUGUAAAGUUGGGCAAGACUCCGCGUGCCAUCAUACAGGCAAUCAAAGCCAUAGUAACCACCCAACACUUGCCAACCCAAUCUGCCGUGGACUUUGCAGUUCAAGUGACCAGUUCCCUGUUUUCCCCAUCGUUGUACAUGAGCGUGUCGGCCUUCCAUCACCUGGUCCACCCUCGCCAUCACAUGUUUCACCUGAUGUUGCAACACACCAAGGUCGUCGGGGAAUCGGCGGUAGAGGAAUCGCAUCGAGUCACCGAGUACCCUUCGCUUAUGACGGCUUCUGCGCCAUUGACGACACCAACGAUCGACAUAUCGUGGCUUAAUGUGGUGUUACAUCGCUGGUUUGAUGAGUUCGCCACGAAUACAGAACUAUUGGAGAUAUUGCGGUGGAAGGUGAAUCGGAUCGUGCAAAGCAAGCUGCUCGACGUGAAAGCCAUCGACAGCAUCGAAGUGACGAAUCCAGUGCUGGGCAUCCACCCGCCCGAAGUGUCCAACCUCUGUGUACACCCCACGCUUCACCCAAGUGAAUUGUGCAUGUCAGCCAACGUGGAGUACACUGGCAACGGCUCCAUCGACGUGAUGACUCGAGUGACGCUGUCCAACCUCAUGCAACACCAAACAACGCUGUCGCUGCGCGUUCACGUCGCGUCACUUCAUGGCCGGGCUCGACUGUUUGUACCUCAGCCGGGUUGUGACCCAGGAUUCGGAUGGGUUGCGUUCGACGAAGCCCCCAAAGUCCAAUUGACCGUCGAGAGCUGUCCUCCACAUGUAGAGCCAUUGCCGCAGUUGGGAGCAUUACUGACGCAAGAGCUCGAGGAAAAGAUGGCGAUGCAUAUGGUGCUACCAGUAUGGACACGCGUGAGCCUUCCUUGGGACAUUUCGGUUCCGUUGGAGUCCGUCUUUUCAGCCAUCUCCCGUCGCUCGACCAAGUCGGAAGGGUCGCCGAACUUGGCCGCUGCCGCCGGGGGGUUUAUGGGCGAGGUGAUGGGGGGAGCCGUAGGCGGUCGUUUUGGUGGCCAUGUGGCACGAGGAGUCGGCGAAGCUGUCGGUGGCCAUUUGGCAAAAUAUGCCACCGAGCGGAUAGUACCCAUUGUCCACGAAGUCAUGGCAUCCGCAAAGAGCAUGGCGCAUCCGAGGGACCGUCAUGUCGGAACCAGUCAGAGUGUUGACGACCUUGUCCAUCUGGCCAAGCUUGGCAACCAUAAUGUUGUUGGUGAGCAAACCAUAGAAUCUGCACUAUCAAAGGCGGAAGUCCAGGGCACAACGCCUGACACUAACGAGAACACUGCAAAGCCCAUCGUCAGCCCAAAGUCAGGGGGCGUCGAUGUGGCUCGAUUGGUGUCGUUAGCCAAGGCCAAAAAGGCGAACUAAGAGCAUCUCCACCGCAUCCCCAAAUAUUUUCCCCAUAACCCAGAACUUGGAUUGUACCG